UCAUUGACAUAACAGUGUCAGUGUUUGGACUUAACUGUUAAAAACGGCGAACAUGUACUCGAAUAAGUUGAGCCGCCUCGUGUUGGGGCUUUACAGCCGUAAAGCGGCGGCUGUGAGCGGUGUGGUAGUUCACAGGCCGGCGGGUCGGAGCAUGUUCAGCUGGGCUGCGGUGUGUAAACAGCGGACACUGUGGCUGCAGAGGAGCGCCUGUCUGGAGCACCGAUUAACCAGUACUCGGUCAAUCUCACAGACUACAGUGGACCCCGACGAGUUGAGGAAGUUCCGCUCACUGGCCAGCAAGUGGUGGGACGAACAGGGAGAAUUUGCUGCUCUUCAUGCCAUGAAUGACCUGAGGGUGCCUUUCAUACGGGACAAUCUGCUGAAUGUGCACAGAAGCCGUCAUCCAGGGAACCCACUCUCUGGACUCAGAAUACUGGAUGUCGGCUGUGGAGGCGGCCUUCUCACAGAGCCCCUUGGUCGCCUGGGAGCUGACAUCCUGGGUAUAGAUCCAGUAGAGAACAGCAUCGGCACGGCACAGCUGCACGCAUCCUACGACCCGGAUCUCCGCGAGCGAGUCUCCUACCAGGCCUGCACCCUGGAGGAGCUCUCUGCAGGGGGGGAGGAAGGAGAGGAGGGGCAGCAGCAGAGAUCGGGCCAGUUCAACGCCAUCGUAGCAUCCGAGGUGGUGGAACAUCUGGCCGACCUGGAAACAUUCGCCUUCUGCUGCGGCCUCGUGCUGAAGCCAGGCGGCUCCCUCUUCAUCACUACUAUUAAUAAAACCAACCUGUCAUACGCGCUGGGUAUUGUUGUAGCCGAGGAGCUUCUGCGCAUCGUUCCCAGUGGGACGCACGACUGGGAAAAGUUCAUCAGCCCUGUGGAGCUGGAGCGCCUCCUGGAGUCCAAUGGUUUCUCAGUACAAUCUGUCCGAGGAAUGCUGUACAACCCGGUAUCCGGAGCCUGGAGCUGGUGUGACAGCACAGACAUCAACUACGCCCUCCACGCUGUCAAAGUGACAGAGGAUCCCCAGCCAGACCCACACCCAGAGGAGCCAUCCCACACUGCCGACACACACAGCUGAGCCACAAAGUCAGAAUAUAUGGGAAAAAAAUCAGAUGUGUGGAGCCCCAAACUUUCCUGAGUCCAGCUGUGAUGCAGCAUAUGAGACUGAGGUUAUUCAAGCAAAGAGACAGAGACAUGUACUGCAGUUGCUAGUUUGCAGAGUUAGGCUUGAUGUUCACAUGACUCUUUUUCAAUCUAUUUAACUGAAUCACUUUGGUCAUUUCAGCAGACUGUUAUGUGAUUUGCUUUAUCUUCUAUUAAAACAAUGCUUUCAGCAGCUGUAUGUUAUAACGGUGAAAAUGGAAUUUAUUUUGUUCUGGACAUUAAAAAUAAAUAUUAUUCAUGUGGUUUUGGCUGCACCCUUUAUAUCAGUUUUAGCUUCGAUAGCGUUCGGAAAUGUCCUCACAUGGGAGCGCACAGUCACAUCCUCUGGGAUUAUAAUGUGGAAGUAUUACAUAAUGGAAAUAA